AUGAUGAAUGGUACAGGCGAGCGAGGCGCGCUGUCACUUACGUCAUCGCCAGUCAAGGCUUCCAGCUCUCCAGUUAGGGCGUCCCCUAGCCCAGUGAGGGCGCCAUCUUCGCCUCUAAAGUCGUCCUUAUCGACUGGGAAGAGGUCACCACGUAGAUGCCAGUUCGCGGCGCCAGCUGAGGAUGCGAGAGACAAAUGUGGGGCGUCCUGGUUAUGUCGACGAGGGGCGGGGCUUGGAGAGGACUCAGAUCCUGAGAGGUCUCCAGGCCCUAGCGCCCCGGUGCCACAGGCUUGUGAAGAGUCCGCUCCGCCCCCGAAGAACUGCUUCAGACUUGUCAUGCUGGGGUCAGCCCGUGUGGGGAAGACUUCCCUCGUGUCCAGGUUCCUGGGCAACAAGUUUGAGGACAGCUACACGCCGACCAUCGAGGACUUCCAUCGGAAGCUGUACCGCAUCAGAGGGGAGGUGUACCAACUGGAUCUGCUAGACACAUCUGGGAACCACCCCUUUCCUGCGAUGAGGCGACUGUCUUUUCUUACAGGUGACAUCUUCGUGCUGGUCUUCGCUAUGGACAGCCGGGAGUCCUUCGAGGAGGUGAUCCGCCUCCGGGAGCAGAUCCUGGAGACUAAGGCUAGCGCCACCAGCGGAGGUAGCCGGGGGAAGAGACAGGCGCCCAGGGUGCCCAUGGCGAUCGCUGGCAACAAGUGCGACAGGGAACUGAAAACUGUCCAACCCGAAGAAGCCGUCGCUUACUGCACAACCCAGGAUUCGGCUUGCGUCUUCGUCGAGACGUCGGCCAAGAAGAACUACCAGGUCGACGACCUUUUCUACGAGCUCUUCGUAGUCGCCAACUUGCCCCUCGAAAUGGCACCGAACCACCACAAGCGGGUCAGUACAGCCUUUGGCAGUCCUUGCACGCUGCCGCCUACCAGUAGCCAAAGCAAUAGAAGUAAGAAAUGCACGCUGUCCAUAAAGAGAAGAUUGUCAGAUGCCUGCGGCGUGGUCGCUCCCAAUGUCAGGAGGCCCAGCAUCAGAACAGACCUGAUGAUCAUGAGAACAAAGACUUGUGCCAAAGGCGAGAGCGACAGUGCCAGCGGCAGUCCGAAGCUCACCCUCAACCGGUUGGUCAGGUCUAACCCCCAAACCGAUAAGCGAUCUUGUGUCAUUCAGUGAAAUGUUAAAUUUGAACAAUUUACAGAAAUUCAAGGCUUUCACGCCUGAGGUAUUUUUGAGACAGGUGCUAUAUUAACCAUCGGAGAGUGGAAAUAAAGGCCCUUUAGAAAAUCGGAUACAACGGCGAAGUUGAAUACCCCAUUAGAGUUAAAUUAAGAUAACUUACUUUAUGGAGUCAAUCAAAUAAAUUGCUACAAAUUACAUAAUUCCUCGAGUUUUCUC